AAGUUUUCCGUGCAGGAUGGAGCUGAUCACCCUCCGCUAGCAGGGAGAAGAGAGAAGAGGGCUGAGCCUGGACGCUGCCGGGUGGAUACUUGAAGAGAGCAGGGGGAGGAGGAGAAGAAGGAGGAUUGAUAAAACAAGCGCGGCUGUCGAUGCGCAGCGCAAUUCUGUCCAACAGGCUGCGAUAAGAGGAGCGCGCUUUGCACUCAGCCGGAGCGCAGACUACUUCUGUGUGUGGAGUCCGAGCCGCGGGUCCGAUACACAGAUAAUAACACUGUUUUAUUUAGUUGUUGCUGUUUUUUUUUUGUUUGUUUUUUUAAUCCUGAAGUGUCAAAGGAAACCAGCAGCAGAUCUAUACGUUUUCCUCUGGAACUUUGACAAGACGGAGCGGAGCGUCUGACACAGUUUGAACUCCUCACGCGUGGUGUGGGAUUUAGAGCUGAACCCGGGGCUUCUCCAAUGCAAAAGUACAUGUAUGAUAAAGCGAUGGCCCAAGAGACAAGGAACGGAGGAACCUCCACGUUAAACAACAACAACGGCGUGAACAACAGCAAGAAGAAAGUGCUCAUCGCGCUCGACAUCUUCUGUCUGCUGCUCGCGAUGCUGCCCAGCCUGGUGCUGCACCGCUCCUCUGUGCGUCCGUACCAGAGGGGUCUCUACUGCAGUGACUCCAGCCUCAACUAUCCCUACAAGAAGAGCACCGUCCCCUCCUCAGUGCUCACUUCUGUUGGGUUGUUACUGCCCGCGGUCUCCAUUGUAAUUGGAGAAUGCUUCAGGAUUAAUCAGCUGCAUGAAGGAACAAAGUCUUUCAUCGGGAAUCCCUACGUCGCAGCGCUCUACAAACAGAUGGGCGUGUUUCUGUUCGGUUGUGGGGUCAGCCAGUCGUUCACUGACAUCGCCAAGGUGUCCGUUGGUCGCAUGAGACCUCACUUCUUAGACGUGUGUAAACCAGAUUUCUCCACCAUUGACUGCUCCCAGGGAUACAUCACCAACUACACCUGCAGAGGGGAUGAGAGCGAUGUGCAGGAGGCCAGGAAAUCCUUCUUCUCAGGACACGCCUCUUUUUCGAUGUUCACCAUGCUGUACCUGGCUUUCUACCUCCAGUCCAGGUUUACAUGGCGUGGUGCUCGUCUCCUCCGCCCGCUGCUCCAGUUCACUCUGAUAAUGAUGGCGUUUUACACCGGCCUGUCACGCGUGUCCGACCACAAGCACCACCCGACUGAUGUUCUUGCCGGGUUUGUGCAGGGAGCCCUGGUGGCCUACUGCAUAGUGUUCUAUGUGUCCGACCUGUUCAAGCCCCGGGCGAAGCCAGCCACACCCCCGCCCUCCCCCAUCAAGAAGGAGCUGCUCCCGUCAUCAGAAAUCAUCGACAGGAACAAUCACCACAACAUGGUGUGAGACAAAGAGAGAGAGACCACCACUUCUUCCUGUGACCGAGGAGCCAAUCACAGCGCUGCUCACCUCCCAUCAGACAGUAGAAUGUAGCGACGAGAGACUGAGGCUGCUUCUCAAACGCCAUCCUCCCCCCCCCUCCCCCCUAGAGAGGGUGUCGGCUUUGAGAUUUGCACAGCAGAGUCCACUCUCACUAUCCAGACGUAUUUUUUACUACUAUGUUUUAACUACUAAUCUACAUUUGAGCCCAUCGUUUUGAGCACAAACAGACAGAAUUGGAAGCUAAAAAGACAAAUUAAUGAUGUGACAGGCAGAGCUGAGGGUGAGGAGGUUUGGUGAACCAUAUGAAGAAGAAGAGGAAGAAAAGAAGAGACAAAAAGAGAAAUAAAAAGACAAAGCCCCCCACCCUGGGAGAGAGGGACGGUCCUCUCUGAACUCUCUGUGGCCUUGGAACGCCGACAACAACUUCCUUAGCUACGGGAAGGAGAUUACUGCAGUAACGAGCAGCAUAGAAAUAUUAACAGUAUAGAAAAUAUAACUUAUAGCACUGUUUUUAAGUUCAUUGUCCAUUAUUAUCACCACUCGCUGCCUGAGACGUCUCACUGCAAGAAAGCUUGACGAUGCUGACAUGAGACAGUUAGCGUAGCAUGGCUUCAUUAACAACAAUCCUGCAGCAGCAUCCCACUGAAAACGUGUGUUCAGACAGGAAGCGAAGCAAAAUGUAUUCUUUGCAUGACUUGCACAAUGAUCAUUGGUUUAUUUGCAUCUGUUACAGCUAUCCUGCAAAUAUUAGGUUUUCUAGAUAUUAAAAACACAAACAGGCUGAGGUGCACACACCUCUGUUAAUCUCCCUCCUCCAACAUGAACUGUGUCUGGAGGAACUUUCCUGCUGCUUCCAGCUCCUUAAGACCGUUCAGGUCCCAGUUUAAUGACCUUUUAGCUUAAUUAACCUAAUUAACCGGCUGAAAAGAUGCUUUAAUAACUACAUUAGAAUACUGAUUUGUUAAAAGUAAAAAGGCAUGAUUCAUCAGCUCUGCCAGCAAGAUGACAAGCAACCCCCUUAAAAAAGCUUGUUUUCUGAAUAGAGUUUGGAUUGUAAAUAUGACAUGUA